UCUCAGCUAUAUCUAAAGGAAAUAUGUCUCACAUAAGGCACAUUUUCUUCCUUGGAAGCACUAUUGGCAUUACAUGUCUGAUGAUAAGCCUAAAUUACUUUUGGACAAGAAUACUUUCAUCUGAAAUGAGAAAACAAUCAAGUAGGCAGUGCAUUUCUGUAUUAAGCAUUGGUACGAUCACCCCAUUACAUGAUAGUCGAACAUUUGUAAUUGCUCCGUACUAUGACAACAGAGAGAAGGACCAGAUUCGAAUCCUCAGUAUUAUCCACAGUAAAGAGGUAAAGAAUCUAUACUGUCUUUUUUGUUGUACUUUAAAUAACUUAACGCAUAUAUCAAAAGCUGAAAUAGAUCUACACGAAGAUAGAUUUGGUUUUCCAUAUGGUUUGGCUGAUGUCAUCUGUCCAGAGCCUCCUGGUUGUGAACCAAACUACAUUUCUCUCCAUCAGUCUCCAGAUAAAGAUAUAACUCACCAACCUAAGUUCAGAAUAAAAAACCGUGAGCCUGGAGUAUUUACAGCCAACUUCACAGUCUGCAUUUCUACAAUGUUUGGAAAUUACAGCAAUACGCUCCAGUUCAUACAGACUAUAGAAAUGUAUAAAUUACUGGGCGCCCAGAGAGUAAUGAUCUAUUUGCACAGCUGCAGCCCACAAAUGGAGGAGGUAUUGAAAUACUAUAUUAAGGAAGGCGUAGUUGAGGUUGUACCAUGGCCAAUUGAUCGAUACCUGAAGCCCUCAAAGAGCUGGCUUUACCCUAACGAUGAUACUCAUAUUGGCUAUUACGGACAAGUCACAACAUUAAAUGACUGCAUUUACCGGAACAUGUACAGAAGCAAGUUUGUCCUACUCAAUGACAUAGAUGAGAUCAUUUUACCUUUCAAACAUGACAACUGGGACAGCAUGAUGGAAAGUCUUGAGAAGCAACACCCAGAAGUGGGAAUCUUCCUCUUUGAAAACCACAUUUUCCCAAUAACUGUAACCACUGAUGGUCAUUUUUCUGAUAUUUCCAACUGGAUAAAUGUGCCAGGAAUCAACAUUAUGCAACAUGUCCACAGAGAACCAGAUAGACCCGAUUUCUUCAAUGCCAAGAAAAUGAUAGUAAACCCACGGAAGGUGAUUCAGACCUCAGUUCACUCUGCUUUAAAGAGCUAUGGACAUUCUAAAGAAAUCUCCACUGAAACUGCCUUAGUUUAUCACUGCAGAGGACCUUUACAAGCUAAACUGCCCAAAGAAUCUUUAAUUGAAGAUAAAACUAUUUGGAGGUAUAGCAAUUCAUUAAUAAGGAAUGUUAAUGCAGUUUUAAAUCAAUUUUAUUUUCAAAAGAUACCAACCUAAAGUAAUCGUUAGUUAUCAGCAGUAUGUAUGGACGCUACAUCAAUUUAUUUAUAUUAUUUGAAUGUUUGCACUUGAAAUAUAUUCAGAAUCAACAGAAAA